GAGAAAAGCAUGUCACCUCCUCCGCCCUGGCCUUAUUCCCCCAAUCCGGAUAACUAACGUUCAAGGAUCCUGUCUCCAGUAAGUGGCACAUACCCAAGCAAGGCCCCUCGCGCCUCCUAUGGGGACUCCGCAGGAAGGAGAAGGUCCCCGACUCGCAGGGACAUGCGGGUGGCCGGGCGGGUCCCCCUUCACCGCGGGGGCGGGGCCGCGCUGUCCUUUCCGACCCCGAAGCGACGUGCGGUGCCGGGAAUUCCCCCGGCCCCGGGGCUGCUCACUUCCCCGCGCCCACCGGGGAUAAAAGCGGUUCUCCCGGCUCCGGGAGCCACAGACUCCGCUCCGCCAGCUCGCGCUCCAGCUCGCCCGCUCCAGGCCCCGCCGCCCCGACUCUCCGAGCUGAGCCCCAUGGCCCGCGCCGCCACCGCCGCCGCACCCCGCGCUCUCCGGCUCCUCGGCGCCGCGCUGCUGCUCCUGCUGCUGGUCCCCGCCGGCCGCCGCGCCGCAGGUGCGCCCGUGGUCGCCGAGCUGCGCUGCCAGUGCUUGCAGACCUUGCAGGGAAUUCACCUCAAGAACAUCCAGAACGUCAAGGUGACGCCCCGGGGACCCCACUGCGCCCAAACCGAAGUCAUAGCCACUCUCAAGAAUGGGCAGGAGGUUUGUCUCAACCCCGAAGCCCCCAUGGUCAAGAAAAUCAUCAACAAGAUGCUAAACAAGGGCAGCACGAACUGAGCUAGAGAGAAGGCAGAAGCCUGUGACUUACUGUUGCAGCCUUAGUGAAGUGGGAGCAGAAGAAGAGAAACAAAAACCUCCUGAAACCCCCUGGACUGUGUUUAAUGUAUUUGACUCUUGCCUAGGAGUAUUCUUCUAUUUUUUUUAACUUAUUUAUUUAUUUAUUUAUUUUCUCAAAGCUAGCACAUUAAUGUCCUAGCUAAUAUUUAAAGAUAUGAAUUUGGUAAUUUGCUGUACUAUAUUAUCUUAAAAGGUCAUUUUUAUGUUCCAUCAAAGUUGGUUCAGUUCUAUUAUUUAAUUUGUAGAUGAUGAGUCUUAAAUAUUCUUCAUUCAUUAAAUUAUUAUUUCUUGGGGGGAUGGUGGGGGAAACCAUGCCAUAUCAUUCACCAUGAUGAAGGCUGGCGAUAAAUAGUGGGGGAUCCAAGCAAAUACAUCCCUGUUAAGGUCGUGGGAUGUAUGUGCACCUCUGUUUUUGUACUGUUGAGAAGAAUGCUGGUUGUUAUUUAUUGAGAGAGUUCCACAGUAUGUGGUCAACAUUUCUGAUGUUGAAGCUUUAGAAAAACUCCAGUGUUUUAAAUAUCCCUUGGACAUUUUAUGUCUUCCUUGUAAGGCAUAAUGCCUUGUUUAGUGUUAAUUAUGUGGUGUUUCUCUAUGUCUUGGAAUAGAGAAGUUUAAAUAUUUAUCGAUGUAUUUUUACAAAUAGCAUGAAAAUAAAGCUAUUUACAAAAGUU